AUGGCGACCGAUCGUGCGGCCCCGGGGCCGCUGGAGACCGACUCCAAGGCCCGCUUGACGCAAGAGAUUCAAGACGCGGUCUCGCCCGCCACCAAGUCUGACGUGCCUUCAGACUCCGACUCGGACAGCGAAAUUGAAACAAACCCGUUUGCAAAACCACAGGUGGCCGCGUACUGGAAGGACGUGUACGAAAAAGCGCAGUAUGAAUGUCGCCACGCAUUCGACCCGACGCUGGAGUGGACCGAGGAGGAGGAGAAGAAGCUCAUUCGCAGGAUGGACUGGAGGGUCUGCCUUUGGGCGUGCAUCAUGUUCUUCGGUCUCCAAGUCGAUCGCGGCAACCUCAGUCAGGCAGUCUCGGACAACAUGCUCGACGACCUAGGGAUGAACACGAAUGAUUUCAACCUCGGCAACAUUGUCUUCCUGCUUUCCUUCCUUCUCGCCGAGCUGCCUUCGCAACUCAUCUCCAAGAAGCUCGGCCCCGAUCGGUGGAUUCCAAUGCAGAUUACGUUGUGGUCCAUUGUCGCAACUUCUCAGUUUUGGCUUUCGGGCAGAUCCAGCUUCCUCGCUACGAGAGCGCUCAUCGGCAUGCUCGAGGGCGGCUUCAUUCCGGACAUCAUCCUGUGGUUGAGCUACUUCUACACUUCAAAGGAACUACCAAUCCGUUUGAGCUUCUUCUGGACGGCGCUGUCCGUGACGGAUAUUGCAACUUCCCUCGCAGCGUUUGGUCUUCUGCGUAUGCGCGGCAUUCUGGGACAUGCCGGAUGGAGAUGGCUGUUCUUGGUCGAGGGUCUGAUCACAUUGUGUGUCGGCAUCGCCUCCUUCUUCUAUAUGCCUGCCUCGGCCGUUCAGACAAAGACCUGGUUCCGGCCGAAUGGGUGGUUCAGCGAGCGUGAAGUCCUGAUAGUAGUCAACCGUGUGCUGCGUGACGACCCGUCCAAGGGAGACAUGCACAACCGCCAGGCCAUCACGCCCAGGAGACUCUGGAACUGCCUGAAGGACUACCACCUGUGGCCCAUUUAUGCUCUCGGACUCGUGUGCUUCAUCCCGCAGGCACCGCCCAAGACGUACAUGACUCUUAUCCUCCGCAGCUUGGGGUUCGACACGAUGACGACCAACUUGCUGACUAUCCCGGCCUCCGUGAUGCAUAUCAUCACACUCCUCGCUUUGACUUGGCUGUCUGUCAAGGUCGACCAGCGCGCUUUGGUUGGCAUAUUGCAGUCCAUCUGGACGCUGCCGUGCAUCAUUGCCCUGCGCUUCUGGCCCGGCACGAUGGUCAAUCCCUGGGGUACUUUCGCCCUUGUGACCACACUGCUAUCAUAUCCGUACACCCAUGCAAUUCUCGUCGCCUGGACGUCGCGCAACUCCAACAACGUUGGCAACCGAUCUGUCUCGGCAGCUUUGUAUAAUAUGAUGGUCCAGCUCGGCAACGUCAUAUCCAACAACAUCUACGUCGAGGCCGACAAGCCGCUGUACCGCAAGGGCAACACGAACCUGCUGGCCAUCAACAUCCUCGCGAUCCUGCUGUUCCUGUUUGCCAAGGCAUACUACGUCUGGGAGAACCGCCGCCGCGACCGCAAGUGGGCGGCGAUGACUGAGGAGGAGAGGCGAGAGUACUACCGCGACGCGGACAAGGUCCGGGGCCAGGCGACGAACCGGCUCGACUUCCGCUUUGCGCACUAAGCUUGCCGCAGUGAUAGCAGGUUGCUUCGCUUGCUGACAUGCGAGGAGCCCACUUGUAUCAACGGCGGCUGAAAUGCGUGGUGGGAGACGCAAAUACAGUGGCGCACUUCAAUGGCUACAUUUAGUAUAUGGCGCUGUAUGCGGCUCAGCCGUAGCAACCACAAGUGCAUACAUCCCUCUCGUUUGGGAGUGCUUAUGUAAUCAGGAUUUUGCCACGAGAUUUGAUGAGGACGC